AUGGCAGCCACUAAUUCCAACACUGAUGAGGUUCUUUCUCAAUCACUGAUGAAGAUUCAAAGCACCAAUUACCAAGUUGAUCCAAAAGUUUCUGCUUAUCCAGAAGAAUUGAAGAUGCUUAUCGUUGCUCUGAAACGAUCACCUUUAUCAACUGCCAUGUUCAGUUCAUUCUCGGUUCCAAUGAUUCCAAACAACCCUCCGUUUGUCAAACCUGUCAACUCGCAGAUCAUUCAUAUGUUCAAUGAGAUGGGGCAUCAACCGGAGUUGGAGAAAAUAAGUGACUUCCGAAAGUCUGGAUUGCCAUGUAUCUGGAAUUUCCUAUUUGGUAUUUUUCUAAGGUGUCUUACAGGAAGAUCAGUCGGACUGGAUAGAGGAAGAGUGGAAGUAUAUGCUAUGCCUGGAAAAUACAAAUUCGGAGAAGGGGAUUUCUGUGCAAGAUACUGGAGCUUAAUCCUGGAAAAAGUCUAUGAGAAAGAAGCAAUUCCAGUGAUGACAGAUGUUGAAGUUGCUGAAUUUUCCUUCUAUCAAUUUCCAAAAACUGUAGAAGAUGAUGAAGCAAUUUUUUCUCGUGUGGCUCGUAUUCCAGAUGCGAUGCUUCGCAAAGUUUCUCCAACUCACAAAGUUUUGGUGAGAUAUUUGCGAAAUAUUGAUACAGCUGAUCAGACUGGAGUAUUACCAGACGUUGCUACUCCAUCAAAGAAAAAGAAGAAGGAACUCUUACCUUCUAAGUCUGGGGUACUGAAGCAAAUUCGCAAAGCUGAAGUGAGUAGUAAAGGCGUUACUAUUCGCAGUAUUCCUGCACCGGUGUCUCCAGCAAGAAAAGACAACGGGCUGAAGAUGUUGCAAAAUAUGCAACGCACGCUUGUCAAACGGAGAAAGAUGGUGAUUCGCAACGAAUCAUCUGAUGAAGAAGUAGUUCCGGAAACUCCACCUGUCACAUCUAUGGUAAAUGUUUCUUUACCAAUGAUUCACACUUCGCAAAUUUCUACCACUAUUCCACAAACCAAACCACUCGAAAUAGUUCUCACCAAAUCAGUUUCUGAGGAGGUACCUAUUUCCGAUACGGUUGUUAACGUAUCUGAUACGGGGGCACCUAUCCUGAGUGUUGCACCAACAAUCCAAACAUCUUUACCCAUUUCAUUACCUGUUACAACUUUAUCCAACACUUCAUCCAUAUUUGAACAUGCCCUUCAAAACCCAUUCACAACACUUUUUCCAUCUCAGUCACCCGAAAAUCCUCAACCUUCGCAACAAUUGUCUGAUACUGAAGUCGAAGGAGGUGCCUUUGGAGGGAUACUUGAUGAUAUUCCUUUUGAUUCAAACGAAGAAGAUAUUCCUGAUCAUAUGCUGAUGACAGGAAAACAGUUUAAAAUUCUGAAUCAGAAGUUAAAGACCAUUAUCAAAACGCAAGUUGAUUCUGGUAGAAUGUCUUCAAUAUCAGCCAUGGAGGUAGAUGUUAUGCUAAAAGGAGCUAAGAAACGGAUCAUGGAGAAGAUUGAUCAAUCAGAUAAAAAUAAUGAGCUCAGACUUGAAUCACAAGGGAGCAAUUUUACUUCUGCUGUUCAAGAUCUCAAAGCUGCUACAAAAGAACGUCAUAUUCUUUUUGUACAAGAUGUCAAGAAAGUCCGUGAGGAUGUCAACUUCAAGAUUCAGGAGUUGAGUCUGAACUUGCGAAGGAUCUUCAGGAUGUUCAUACGAAACAAGCAGAUGUUCAAAAGCAAAUUGUGGAGAUUUCUUCUCAACUUCCAAAGCUUACUGUUCUUGAAGCUCAUAAAGCCACAACAACGGAGAAAACAAGCUAUUCAAAAAGCUCUUGCUCCACUUACGAAUUUCACUUCUUUACUACCGAAGAGUGCUCCACAUGUUUACACAGGGGUGCAAGGGGGAGAGAAAAGUCGAAGUAAAGAAGAGAAGACAAAAACAGUUGGAAAAGUGAUAUCGACUCAACUUGUAGCUACUAUUCCUAUUCCUAUGAAACCGAUUUCUUCAACUACAAUUACCACAAAAACAGUUUCCAAAGGUAUUGUUAUUGGAGAAAACGAAGGAGGUUCAAGCUCAAAAUCUCAGAAAGAUGUUGUAGGAAGAGGAAAAGGAAUAUUAUACGAAAAGUCAAAGGAGGAGUUGAAAGCUGAUGCAGAGGCUGAGAUGGAGAGGAUGAGACAAGUUCAAAGCAUCAUGAGACAAAGGGCAAGUGAUCCUCCCUCCAUGAACAAAGGAGAUCCUGUGAAACUUUACUCUUAUGAAACAAUAGAGUCCAAAGUUGUGUGUAGGGAGAUGUAUGAGUUCGAGAAGAAGCCGAAAAGAAGUUAUGAUAUUGCGAACUCAGAUCAUUGUCAAUUGGAUUUCCCGAUAAACGAAAUGUUGUUCAUCAAUGCUCAAUAUAAGACAGUGAGAAAUUUGAUAAUCCUGAUGAUUGUACUCAUAUGA